AUGAGACACGGCACCGGAGCGGUGCCACUGCUGCUCAACAUGUAUCUGCCAGAUCCAGUAGGGGAAACUUUGUUCAAAGACGGGAAGAGCCAGGCAUGGGGGUCUCUCAGCCCCGGCGUGCAGAAAGGCAGCGGACAGAUCCAGCUGUGGCAGUUCCUGCUGGAGCUGCUUUCGGACCGGGCCAACCUGAACUGCAUCGCCUGGGAAGGCACGAAUGGGGAGUUCAAGCUGAUCGACCCCGACGAGGUGGCACGGCGCUGGGGCGAGCGGAAGAGCAAACCCAACAUGAAUUACGACAAGCUGAGCCGGGCACUGCGCUACUACUACGACAAGAACAUCAUGACCAAGGUCCAUGGCAAGCGCUACGCCUACAAGUUCGACUUCCAUGGGCUGGCGCAGGUGUGCCAGCCGGCCACCCCCGAUCACACCCUCUACAAAUUUCAGGGCAACCUGGCACCGCUGCCCUUCUCGGGCAUCUCCAAACUCAACCUCAUGACCUCUGGGGUGACACCAGCCAGCUUUUCCUACUGGCCUGGUUCCAGCCCAUCCCUCUACCCCGGGCACGGGCUCCAGCCCUCAGCUCCAUUCAGUGCCAUGGCAGCCUCCCACCUCAACAAUAUGAACAACCAUUACCAUUAGAGGCUCAGCUGUGCCAGGUGGACACUCCUUGUCCCUGGCAGCAUGGGGCUGUGGAGUUGGGAACUCAGUGGGGAGGGAUGGGGGGUGGGAUCGUGCCCUGCUCUCACUUGCCCCCUUUUAAAUUUGGAAUGGUGGGGAGGGUGGGAGGUUCUUGCAGGGUAGCUGGGUUAGUUCCCUGAUAGGGGUGGCUGGAGGAGAGAAGCCAUCUAAAUUUAAGAUGAGGAGGUAUCCAUGAUCCUGGGAACAGAUGUGGAUACCUAAAGCAGGGUGUGAAUGGAAGGAAUAACUAUCAGCUCCACUCCUGGCAGGGACUGUGCACCCCCUUUCCUUUGCAACAUGCUGCCCACUCCCUGAAUAUCCUUAGCUCUACCCCCAGCCUGUGCCUGCCCCACCCCUUUACCUGCAGACAGGAGUCAGGAGCUGGGGCCUUGGGGCAGCUGCAUCCAUGGAUGAGGUUCCCACUGAGCAGGGGCAAGGAAAGGGGACCUUCCUUGACCACUUGGUCCACUCACCUAUGUCUCCAAAGUCUUCCUUUCUUCCAUCCCUCCUACACCUCCUGCUGAUGGUAGCUUCCUUCACACCUCAGGAGAAGCCUUGGUCUGAAGAGCAGAUUUUCUUCAUGGGUUGAUUCCUACCUGGGGCAGGGCUCUGGUGUUGGAGGUGCCAGGGGCAGGUGUGACAGGCAUGCACUGCCAGUCUUCAGGGCAAGACCAGAGCCUGGAGGCAACACAGCCUGGUCCCUGCAACUCUGCCCUCUCCCCAGCGCUUGAGGAUCACACCACAGAUGGUCCUGACAUCCUGCACAUGAGCCUGUGUCCUGCUCGUCACUUCCAAGAUUAUUGUUCCAGUUUUACUCUGGCUUUAGCCCCUCACAUGCAGGGCUGGUUGGGACACCUUCCAUAGAUGGGAACAUCCCCAGGGACAAGGCAGGGUGGGAGGCAGGGCAGGAGAAGGGAUAACAGCAGGACUGAGAGCCCCAGGAACCAAGGAGCAGCCCUGGGUCUCCCCCUGGGUUCAAGGAGCUGCCCCCAUCCUCCGGAGCAGGACAUUGGCUCAGCAGACUCAGAAGAGCUGGGCACACU